CACACCAUUCUUACAUAAAACCAAAGAAAAAUAACUUGUUGAAAAAAAAAAUGGGAAGAAGUCCAUGUUGUUCAAAGAUUGGUCUGAAUAGAGGCUCAUGGACAGCUUCUGAAGACAAGAUUCUUAGUGAUUAUGUUAAGCUUCAUGGUGAAGGAAAAUGGAGACAGCUUCCCAUCAAAGCAGGUUUAAAGAGGUGUGGAAAGAGUUGCAGGUUGAGAUGGCUGAACUACUUGAAACCAGACAUAAAGAGAGGAAACAUUUCUUGUGAUGAAGAAGAUCUUAUUAUCAGGCUUCAUAAACUAUUGGGAAACAGAUGGUCACUUAUUGCAGGGAGGCUUCCAGGGAGAACAGACAAUGAAAUAAAGAACUACUGGAACACCACUCUUGCUAAAAAAGUUCAUGAUCUUCAUCAUUAUAAUCAGAAUCAUCAUGAUAAUUCUGUUUCUAAUUCUCAAGAAAAUGUUAAAAGGAAAGAAAAGGAAUGUGUGAGUGUGAAUGAGAUGAAGACAACAGAAUCAAUGUUUCCAUUCUUCUACCAUGAAGAGAAUAACAAUAUUAUUCAUCCAUCAAGUUUCAAUCUUGAUGUGAAUGAAGGUGGUAGUUGUUCUUUAUCGAAUGUUUUCAACAUGGAUUUCACAGAUUCCUUUAAUCUAAAUGAUCAAAUGGUGAAAGCAGAUGAUAUGUUAUCAGGUUCUUCAACUAUUACUACUUCUCCAGAUGUUUCCAAGGAAAUUCUGGAUUAUUUUUCUUCUAUCCCAGAAAUUGGAGGAGAAUGGCUAUCUUCACUAUGA